GUCAGGUGCCGUCUUCUCUUCUCAAGUCGCUGCCAUGUCCAGCUCCAACACUCCCCAAAGUGUGUCUGCCGGUGGUAGUGGAACGACGUGCGAAGCCAGCGCCGGUGAAUACUUAGCGUGCCCGCGCCGUGAACAGCCAAAAUCAAUGCAUGGCGCCGACCGGUGUGCAAUGUGCAUCUUCCACCGCAGUGCCAAUUGCGACGUACGUCCAAACUCGGAGACAUGCGAGCAGUGCUUGACACGCGGAUUGGGAAUAAUGUGCACGGUAGCGUCAUCGUGGCCGCACAGGAUGAGUGCCGCGUUUGACAAUAACCCGCACGAGUACAUGUCGGCCGAGUUCAUGGCCAAAUUCAUCAAAUUCGCGGCUCCGUACGCGGGUAGGGUACUAGAGCUCAUGGGCAAGCGCAUGGCGUAUACCUGUGAGGCUGACACUCAACUCGUGAUACGCGUGGAUCAAGUUUGGGACCCUAAGGCUCUGGAGCGUUACUUGGAUGAGCGGCGCGCCCGCUUCGACGCGAUCGUAUGUGAGCAGAACCUCAUGGAUACGUUAUGGCCAGUGAUGGACCAGUACAUGGGCUUGUACAAAAGGGAGGCAGAAGCGAUCGCCCUUGCGGACAUGUUAGAGAUUGAAUUGAACGCGGACUGGAAUCGUUUCAUGUCCUAGGCAUCUUAGUAUCUGUAUCUCUGUCUAAUUUUGAGCGGAUCUGUCGUUUGUACAUGGGACAUCGGGGUGUGAUCGGCAAUUCCCAGAUUAGCGAUAGCCUUGUGUGUGUCUAUGUAUGGACAUCUGUAGCGCUCAGAACCGAUCACUU